AUGGCGAUGACGACUAUGACGACUGCGAUCCAACAAGCUCUCAGACCUCUUUUUAUUACGGGCUUUAUUAUUGGUUUAGGUGUCUAUCCCUUAAAGGAACUAAAACCGGGAGAUGGGUGGAUUAUAUAUUUAAGUAUUUUAUAUUCUGUAACAAUAUGGUUUGUUUAUGGCUACCUUUUUUACUAUAUGGUGAGCUCUGUAUCACUGAGAGCUAUAUUUCGGGCUACCAUUAGUAUCGUCGUUAUGGAGAUCAACAUCAUUACCACAAUUACAUCUGUAAUCCUUAGUAUAUAUUAUGAGAAGAGGUUUCGAAUAUGUAUGAAAAAGCUUGCUGUUGUGGACGAUACAUUAGAAGAGUUGGGAACUCCGAAAAUCUAUCAAGAAAUGCAUACGUGGUCAAAACGAGUAGUGAUUGGAUGGUUUGUGUUCAGUCUCGCCACCAAUUUUUGCGAUACAAAGUGGUGGCUGCAUAGAAAAGAAACUAAUUCUUGGGGAUUCAUCAUACCCCACUUAUAUAAUCACACUUGUCAUGUCAACACCUUUGUGGAUUUGGCAUUUGUUAUCUCCAUGUGGUAUAUUGGUAGCAGAUUUGACAAAGUGAACGAGCAUAUACAAUGCUUACUAGUGCAAGAGAAGUGCGGCUUGAAGGAUGCAUGGAAGAAAUUCGUAGUCGGUUAUCGGCACACUUCUUAUACAUUAACAAUUACAAACAUAUUGUGGAGCUUAAUGCAUCUUCAUUUAGAAUUAUGUCGCAUUGCACGCGAAUUAAAUCUAAUGUUUGGGACGCAAAUGACUUUCCAAAUGGCAUCUUACCUAUUAACCUUAACAUCUUCGUGUUAUUAUUUGUACGGAAUGCUAAUGCGAGAAGAUAGAGCGGAAAUACCAAUAAUUGCAUGGUGCCAUGUACUAUUAUGGGCUAUUGUAUUUCUGGUAAAACUUUGUAUUAUAAAUUGCAUCUGCGAAAAUAUCAGUGUAAAGAGAUUUGAGAUAAGUAUGAAGAAGCUUGCUGUUGUGGAUGAUACUUUGGAGAAAUUAGGUACUCCAAAAAUGUAUGAAAAGCUACAUAUGAGAUCAAAACAAAUAAUAAUCUGCUGGAUUGUGUACAGCCUUGCAAUGAAUUUUAUCGAUACGAUAUGGUGGUUGAGCUUGGAAGAAACUGCUUCUUUCGGAUUAUAUAUAGCUCACGUAGUAAAUCAUGGAUUUCAUAUCAAUGCGUUUAUGGAUAUGUUAUUUGCCUUCUUUUUAUGGUACAUUGGGACUAGAUUUGAUAAAGUAAAUGAGCAUAUGCGAUGCUUACUAAAAAAAGAGGAUCAUGAGCUGAGAUGUACAUGGAAGAGAUCUAUGAUCGCUUUUCAUCAAUACACUUUAUAUACUAAUUACAAGCUAACAUUAUGGACGUCAAUGCAACUUCAUUUAGAAUUAUGUCGCCUUGCUCGCGAGUUAAACUUGAUAUUUGCAGUACAAAUGACUUUUGAAAUGGCAUUCUUUCUAUCAUAUUUAACAUCACUAUUCUAUUAUUUAUAUUGGAUGCUAAUACAAGAACAUUGGGAAAAAAUUUACUCAAUAUAUGAUUGGAUUAGUAUCAUUUUUUGGGUUUUUGUAUUAUUGGUAAGAAUCUACAUCGUAAACUACACCUGCGACAAUGUCACGCAAAAGGCUAACAAAAUUGGUAAAUUAUUUCAUCAAUUGUCGCAUAUCCAUCGAUACGCUGAUAUUUGGAAGGAGAUUUAUCAGUUUACUCUACAAACAAUGCAUCAUCCGUUGAAAUUCACUGGAAUGGGUCUCUUCUAUUUUGGUCAUGAAUUUCUUCGAAAG